UCCGGGCGCCCUGGCGGCCGCGGGCUCCGCGUCAGCAGCCGCGGCGGAGCGAGGCCGCGUCGGCCGCGGGUUGGAGCAGCUCAGGUGCGGCCCCGCCCCUCCAGCCAGCGGCCCCGCCCCGGCCCAGGUGAGCGGCCCCGCCUAGCUGCAGGUUGUGAGAACAGUGUGUCCCAAAGAAGAACAUCUUUUAACACCUAGUCAUUGGGGAUGAUAGUAGAUUCCCAAUGGAGGUUCCCCCAGCAACCCAGCUCGGUGAGACCUUUGUGUUUGAGGGUGGGUUGGCGAUGCAACAAGACCUUUUCCCAGAGGAGGACCUGGGGGACCCUUUUCUUCAGGAAAGGGGUUUAGGGCAAAUGGCUGUUAUCUACAAGGAGAUCCCUCUUGGGGAACAAGAUGAGGAACCCGAUGAUUAUGAGGGCAAUUUCAGCCUGUGCUCGAGCCCCAUUCCGCCUCAGACUUUGCCCCCGUUAGACAGAUCCCAGGAUGAUGAAAUAUUUGACCAAACCUUCCUCCCCAAAUCAGACCUUAGUCCAUUUAAGAUUAUCCAUGGUGACGGAGAACCCAGUACACAGGAUGGCGAGAAGGUAGGCAGGGUAAACUCGGGACCUCACGAGCCCCGCAGGACCGCACAGCCAGCCAAGCCCUACGCGUGCCGGGAGUGCGGGAAGGCCUUCAGCCAGAGCUCACACCUCCUCCGGCACCUGGUCAUCCACACUGGGGAGAAGCCCUAUGAGUGCUGUGAGUGCGGCAAGGCCUUCAGCCAGAGCUCGCACCUCCUCCGGCACCAGAUCAUCCACACCGGGGAGAAGCCCUAUGAAUGCCAAGAGUGCGGCAAAGCUUUUCGCCAGAGCUCAGCCCUCGCGCAGCACCAGAAAACCCACACCGGGAAGAGACCGUACGAGUGCGGGGAAUGCGGGAAAGAUUUCAGUCGGAGUUCCAGUCUCAGGAAACACGAGCGAAUCCAUACAGGAGAGAAACCUUAUCAAUGUAAGGAGUGUGGGAAAUCCUUCAACCAGAGUUCGGGUCUGAGCCAGCACCGGAAAAUUCACACCCUGAAGAAGCCUCACGAGUGUGACCUCUGCGGGAAAGCCUUCUGUCACCGGUCCCACCUCAUCCGGCACCAGAGGAUCCACACGGGCAAGAAGCCCUACAAGUGCGAAGAGUGCGGGAAGGCCUUCAGCCAGAGCUCCAACCUCAUCGAGCACCGGAAGACCCACACUGGCGAGAAGCCCUACAAGUGCCACAAGUGCGGGAAGGCCUUCAGCCAGAGCUCCUCCCUCAUCGAGCACCAGCGGAUCCACACGGGGGAGAAGCCCUACGAGUGCGGCCAGUGUGGGAAGGCCUUCUGCCACAGCUCCGCCCUGAUUCAGCACCAGCGCAUCCACACGGGCAAGAAACCCUACUCCUGCAACGAGUGUGGCAAGGCCUUCCGGCACAGAUCGGCCCUCAUCGAGCACUAUAAGACCCACACCAGAGAGAAGCCCUACGAGUGCAAUCAGUGCGGCAAGUCCUUCCGGGGCAGCUCACACCUUAUUCGGCAUCAGAAAAUCCAUGCUGGGGAGAAGCUAUAGGAAGCAGAGCUCGGCUCGAAGCCUGUCAGGCGGUCCCAGGUGCGCCCUUGCCAGACUGCUUGAGUCUAGGACCCCCACUCACCUUCCCGACACAGAGCUGAAGGGGAAGGUGCCAGACCGAAAGCUCCCCGGCACACAUGUUGGCAGCAUGGCCCGCGUGGCUCCAGCCAGCUGUCCUCCCUAGGCUAACUCAGCGCAGGGGCGAGGCGGGCAGGGGCGGGUGAUAUGGCUUCAGAAACCGAGGGGCUCCAGAGCUGGCUUGAAGUUUUCUCAUUCUCACAUUUGACUUAAAUUUCACCCUAUAAUUUGCUUUUUCCAGAAUCCAGAAGGAAACAGACAAACAAAUCCACAGGGAAGAAGCUGAAUUAAAGUCUUGUAAAUGUCAGGUGACCUCUUUAGCGUUGCAAGUUCAGGUUGCAAGUCGAGUGCUUUAUAUGGAAAUGGUGUUUGCAGGCCAAAUCCACGGAAGAAAAUGCGUUCAGAAGCAGCUGUCUCCAGUCAGACACAAUCUGCUUGGCUUGGGUAUGUCUCAGGACAGCCGAACAGGUCUCAUGGAAUGAAGGGAGGUCUGGAAGAUUAGUUCCGGGGCUUGGGGUGAGCCUCUUUUUGCAGUUCAGGGGCUCAAACCCAGGGCCUCUCCCACACAAGGCCUGUGCUUUGUCUACCACGAAGCCUGCUGCCUGCCCCGGGCACUUGCUCUCUUCCCAUUCGGGGUUGGAGUGAAGGCAGUUCUGACACGUGGCUCUUUCCCAAUGGGACAGGGGUUUGGUCAUGCGAGGUGGAGAAAAUUAGAUGCCUAGUUCUGGCUCCACCCAGGCACUGGACCCCAUGGCCCUCCAGGAGGAACAGCCACGGGACCCAGGGACCCAAAGACAAGCAAGCCCCAUAUGCUAGGGCGCGGUUUUUUUUUUUUUUUUUUUUUUUUUUUUUUUGCUUUUUGGGUCACACCCAGCAAUGCACAGGGGUCACUCCUGGCUCAUGCACUCAGGAAUCACCCCUGGCGGUGCUUAGGGGACCAUAUGGGAUGCUGGGAUUUGAACCCGGGUCGGCUGCGUGCAAGGCAAACGCCCUACCCGCUGUGCUAUCAGUCCAGCCCCUAGGGUGCGUUUUUGACCUGUAUGGUCUGUCACUGCUGUGCAUCUUCCAGUGCCAGGAGGUGUGGCCAGCAGGAUGAGUCUCCAUCAUAUGGCCCAGGCGGAAGUCCCAGCUCUUUCCCCUUCCUUCUUGUGUGACCCAUGGGAGGACCAACUCUCCAUGUCCCCCUCUGUGGGUUGGGGAGAGGGGCCUGGUUGCACGCCUGAGGGCUGGUGCAAGGCCCCAGUUCACAACCUAACCGCAUACAAAUGCACUCUGGUAACUGAGAGUCAGAGACCCAGAGUGACCCCUACCUCACCCUGGAAAGCUUCCCCAUAUGUUCCAGAGACAAGGGGACUUGCAGCAGACCCUUAUUCCACCAGAAGACCCCCUUACCCUAAUGCUUGUGACAUCCCAUAGAGAGAUUCCCUGGAAGCCACCCCAAGUCUCCCCUGGGCAGCAGUGGGGUCCUUGUCACUGGACCUGUCACUAGGCUGUCCACUGGGGUUGGCUCACCUGGGGGCUGCUAAAGAAGUACCAGGAUCAAUGUACAGCGUGUGUAUUCACAGCUCCCCGGGGGAGCACAGGUUGUGAGCACGACCCUGAGAGGUGUCAGGCCUGUGUUCUGGACGGCAGGGCUAGAAGCUGUUCCCGUCCCCCCAGUACUCGGCAGCUGGAGGGGUCUGGGCUGAUAGGUGCUAGUCAUGGUUCGUGGGGGCUGGCGUGUGGUGGUGGUGAUGGGCCCCCAGGGGAGGUUCCUUUGUGUGCUGAGUUUCCCCGGUGCUAGUGGGGGGAUGAGCUAGUCUGAGCUACUUUGAAGUUCUCAUAAGUUUAGGGCUGAAACCUCUGGUCAUUUUAGAAUUCCAACUUGGCAAUCAGGUGUAGUUUUACUAAAUAAAAAAUGGAAGUCUAAAUGUCUUUGAGCAAGUGAGGCACAGUGGGCCUGAGAACUUCCGUCAUUAUUUUUGUGUUAAUUGUCGGGGCCCACCUUUGGGGGCCAGCCAGUCCAUGUGAGCCCACAGAGUCACUCUAGGCAGUGCUCAUGGUGCCAUGCAGUGGCCACGCACAUUCAGGGCAUUUGCCCUGCCCUGGGGCCGAACCCCGGCGCUGGCCAGGUUAAGACAGCAGGUAUGCUAGGCUGGGGGCACAGAGGGAGCCGUGUGAGAAUACAGCCCUUCGCUGGUGAGUAUGUGAAGCUUUUUUGUUUUGUUUUGGGCUAUGUACCCGGCUAUGCUCAGAGCUUACUCCUGGCUCUGUACUCAGGGAUCACUCCUGGCAGACUCGAGGGACCACCGGGGAUCAAACCCAGGUUGGCCCCGUGCAAGGCGAGAGCCCUCCCUGCUGUACUAUCUCCAGCCCUCGAGUAUGUGAGCCAUUAGGCGCAGCUCCAGGGUCCAGCUGCACCACCAGCCAGGCUGGCCAGAUCAGCUGGUACCCAGGAUGGUUGCAGGUGGCCAUCAGUCACUGGGAACGGAAGGAAAGUGCCGAACGCCCUGCUUGGCACGGGCAGGACAGCAGGCCCGUAGACCUGCCUCCUGGGCAACCCCCAUCCCUCCACAGCCUUGUCCAGUCAUGGCCUCCUGGGGCAGCUGUUUGCUUCCUUUGUGUCACUCCCGCCCAGCUUUGCCAAAUUGAUUUUGUCAGAGCGUCUCAGCACAUGCCCCUGCUCUCCUCACACCCCGCCUUUGGAACCGUUCUUGUUUGUUCCAGCCAGCCUGGCCCAUCACUUCGAACCAGCCACAUGGAAUGCAGAUGCACAGGCGUCCACUGCAUGCCCAGCUUCUCUCAACUCAUUUUAUGCUCUUCUGGCAUUUAGGACUGUGCACUUUCUCCUCCCCCAGACCCAGAGCUCUUUUCCUUAACAAUUCGUGUGACACCAGGAUUUGGACCACCUUUCUGAAGCGCUGAUGGAUUCUCACAGAACCAUGGUAAAAAAGGCACUUUUCUCUUUCGACAGUGGGAGCGAACCUCAUUCCUUCUGCUCAGAUUCUUUCAGCUAUAGUAUCUCUUUUAUUUAAUUUAUUUUUUUUUUUUGCUUUUUGGGUCAUACCUGGCAAUGCAUAGGGGUUACUCCUGGCUCUGCACUCAGGAAUUACUCCUGGCAGUGCUCAGGGGACCAUAUGGGAUGCUGGAAAUCGAAUCCGGGUCAGCUGCGUGCAAGGUAAACGCCCUACACGCUGUGCUAUCGCUCCAGCCCCAUAGUCUCUUUUAAAACUCAUUUAAGUUCUCAGUGUAAUGGUAAAAGAGAUCAUCCUUCUAUUUUAAUUGCCCUUGAAUUUAGUUGUCUGCUUUUGUGUGCUUGUGUGUGUAUAUAUGUGUGUGUGUGUGUGUGUGUAUAUACAUAUAUAUGUUUUUUUUCAUUUUGUAGUAGAUGUUGAGUCUUAUAAAAUUCAACUCUUGCUUUUGUCUACUAGUUAGAUUUUUGUCAAAUAGAAUUUUUCUGUUAUUUUUUCCCCCUGGCUUAUUGGUUUAUACUUCUGAGGUUAGUUAUUUUGAUAUAGUUAGUAGUAUUUUAAAAUAUUUUUAAUAAAUAUGCACUUUGGUUUAUGAGUUUUUUUCUAAUAAGGCUUUUUUUUGUACUCCAUAAAUUCCACAUGUGACCUUUUUUUGUUACCAUAUUAGAAAUUACCUUAUGCCCAGAUGUUUUUCUUGAAAAAAAAAUUUUUUUGAGGUGCACAUCAGGCAGUGCUCAGGACUAUUCCUGACCAUGUUCAGGGGACCAUACAUGGUGCCAGCGAUCAUGGUUGGUCACAUGCAAGGCGAGUACUUUAACCUCUAUACUUUCUCUCUGGCCCCAUUUUACGUUUUUGGGGGGCUACACCCAGUGGUGCUUGGGCAGCCCUAUGGUGCCAGGGAUCAAACCUGGGGCAUCUGCAUUCCGAGUAUUCACUCUGGUCUGUUGCGCUUUCUCCCUGCCUCCUUGAUCACUGUAUCACUGUCUGUCGUUGCUCAUUGAUUUGCUCGAGCAGGCACCAGUAACAUCUCCAUUGUGAGACUUGUUACUGUUUUUGGCAUAUCGAAUACACCACAGGGAGCUUGCCAGGCUCUGCUAUGUGAGCAAGAUACUCUCGGUAGCUUGCUGGGCUCUCCGAGAGGGACAGAGGAAUCAAACCCAGGUCGGCCGCGUGCAAGGCAAAUAAAUGCCCUACCCGCUGUGCUAUUGCUCCAGCCCAAUAUUCAGCCUCCUUGAUAUUGUUACUUUUUAAAAAACCUUCCAAGUAAUAAAUGCUUAGGUCACUACUAUUAUUUCUUGCUGUACUGUGGUGUCAACAUUCCUAAGAGUUCAUUUCACGUCUUUGGGCCUGAGUUCGUUAUCAGUGUUUACAAAGCAUUUGUGUACUCUCAGAUGUAUUUUUCACUCCUUCAGUUCUAUUAGCUCAGUUUUGAAUAUGACCUAAUGCUCUUCAUAACUGUUUCAUAAAGAGUGAGUACAGCAGGUAGCGCUGGUGCUCACCUUGCAUGCAGCUGACCCGGGCUCGACCCCCAGCAUCCCUCACAGCUCCCUGCGCCUGGCCAGGAGCCAUCCCUGAGUUCACAGCCAGGAGUAAGCCCCGAGCAGAGCUGGGUGUGGCCCAGAAAACCAAGCCAAAACAAAAAUAUUAAAAGUGAUUUUAUGCCAAUCCAUACUUGCUCUAACUUCUGUUUGCUUCAAAGUUCUUAAGCUGGAGUCCCUGGCUUGCCUGAGUCUGCUGAUGUGCCUGAGCAUGGAGAGUUUCAGAGGUCAUGGGCCUGAGUGACUGGACAAAGUGGUGUGGAUAUGUAUUGAAUGGCUUGUUCUCAGGGGGUCUGUAGCAGGCACCUCAUUUUUGGUUGCACACAGUCGGCCCAGGUUUGCUCCCUGGGUCCCAUUCACCUCAUUUUUGGAGGGACUCUUUGACCCCCAAAUAGGUAAUGCUCAUUUACCUGAUAUGAUCAUAGUCUUAAUUUUUUGCUUUUCUCUUUAUGAAUUUCAAUUUCACUUAAAAUGUUUCCUUUCAUCUAUGUUGUUUAUUCAUGUGCUGUUGUCUCAAAUCCUUGCUGAGAAAUAGGCAGGAUAUAACUUAUCAGUUAAAUUGGAGACAUAUAUAUUUAACAAUGAUAUAUUGAAAAAUUGUGCCUUUUAGUGCCUUCUUUGCCUCUUAAUGUUUGUAACUUCUUUCCAAACAUCGUAAUCAAAGCCCUUGUUUUACAAAAAAAUUUCCCUCCAUAUUUUACUUAAAAAUCUUGUGUAUUUAUUAUAUACCUAUAUAACUUAUAAAUAGCACAUUAUAUUUUGUUUUCUGAUUCUGAAUUAUUUUUCUUGUGUAAGAAUUUCUGUCACCAGGGCUGGAGUGAUAGCACAGCGGGUAGGGCAUUUGCCUUGCACGCGGCCGACCUGGGUUCGAUUCCCAGCAUCCCAUAUGGUCCCCUGAGCACCGCCAGGAGUAAUUCCUGAGUGCAAAGCCAGGAGUAACCCCUGUGCAUCACCAGGUGUGACCCAAAAAAGGAAAAAAAAAGAAUUUCUGUCACCAGCAUUAUUAUGUAGACUUAAGCAUCAUUUGUUUCCAUUUUACUAUUUUCAUAUAUAUUUGCUCAUUUAUAACCCAAAAAGGUCACCUUCAUUUCCUCCCCAGCCCUCAGUCUCUGUGUCUUGCUUAUGUGUUUAAAAUUCCAUUUUUGAGUGGAUGAGAAGCUGCCCCUUGGGUGUACGUGCUGGCUCUUCCUCUCAGUGCUCUGAACCCACAGCCUCUGGCUUCAGGUCCUUGGCUGUGAGGUGAUGGAAUGAUGCCACCUCACAGCCCUGUGGGGCUCAGAAGUGUAAGGGACACAACCAGAUGCCUCUGUGUGGCAAUAGGUGUCCUGCAGUAUUUUCCAUUAAUGUUCUAUUUUCACUCCCAAAGUCCUUCCUUUCAACAUAACUUUGAACGUGACCUGGCAUUUUGUGUUUUUAGGAAAGGCUCCAGGUGCGAUUAUGAACUGUCCCAGCCCUGCCCCGCCUUUUCUGAGUGGACCUGCACAGUCAUUUGAAGGAAGGUGGGGAUCCUGCCUGUGUGCCCCCGCCUAGCUUCCAUCUGCUGCAGGCCGGUCCCCUCUCCCUUCUCCCUUCCUAACGGGGGGGGGGGUAUGGGUGUCCAUAAAAUAGCAGACGGUCAAGAGGAGGGCCUCUUCCGGCCACCCCUGUUUCAGUACCCAUUCCUAUUUUGUGGGAGAAGCAGCUAUGGAUGUUGUGUGGGGCACCAAGAUUUCUCAGACGCAGCAAGUGUUUGGAGUCACCACGGGCAAAGGUGGAAACUAAAUGCCCAGGGUCACUCAAAUCUUGGGGACUUUCCACAGGUGAAGGUAUUUGCCAGGGUAUCAUCAGUACAUUGGCACUGGGAGAGAGAUCUUUCCUUGGGAGACGGGGGGAGGGAAGGGAACCCCAUCUUCAGUAUCUGAUAACCCAGGAAACCAAAUCAGAGGCCGAGCGCUGGCCAGGUGCUCCCCGCUCUGGAGACUCCCACUUUUGCUCCCACCCUGCACAAGCCCACCUGGGGCCUUGGCUGUCCGCAUCUCCCUCCACUCCCCGCUCUUCCUCCCCGUGUCCCCUCAGCGGUCUGUGGCGCCCUCUGGUGGAAGCCUGCAAGCAUGUGAAGAGCUGAGGCUGCCCUGGAGGUAGGCAGGAGCACCUGAUUGUCCUCUGCGAACCUCAGUCUUCCCUCUCUGGGAACCCCACAACUGAGAAGGGGGUCAGAAGCAGUCAGCAGUCGAGUGGUCGUGUACCCCUUCCUCAGUCCUCACAUAGCCGCAUCUCUUGGAAAAGGCAACAGCAUCUUGUGUGUUUCUGCGCUGGUCUGUUCCUAGGACUCCAGACACCCUGAAAAGCAAAGAACUGUCCUGGCACGGGGUAAGGGGGUGCCGCGGUGGCACGGACGCCUUUGCUGUGGUCUGACCAUCUUGACUCCGAGCCCGGAGUUGAGUGCUGCCCCCUCGACUUCUCACUCCCUGGUCCUCCAAGUGCUGCCCUAACUAUCCUGGGGCUGGCCCACCAUCCAUUCCUGUUCGUGGCCCCCCCUCACAGUCUGCGGGGACUUUCCGCUCUGCCAUCUGUAGUGGUCACUCUCUUCCUCAGCUACCCUAGCUGCAGGACCAUAUGGGAGCCCCCACUAGGGCUGACACCCGUCCUCUCUGUAAGGGUUUUUGUUUCCUGCCAUGCCAGUGUCCCUGUGCCCUACCAUGCCUUCCUGAGCCAGGGGUCAGAGCAGUAGUACAGUGGGCAGGGCAUGUGCCUUGCAAGCACUGACCUGAUUUUGAUCCCAGCACUGCAUAUGGUCUCCAAAGCACAGCCAGGAAUAAUCCCUUGAAGUGCAGAGCCUGGGAUAAGUCCUGAGCGCCACCAGGUGUGGCCCCAAACCAAAAGAAAACAAAACAAAAGCAACCGUAAAUCCACCUGGGGCCAGAGAGAUAGCACAGUGGGUAGGGUGCUUGCCUCGUGUGCAACUGAUUUACUUCAAUCCUCGGCAUCCCCUAUGGUCUCCUGAGCACUGCCAAGAAUUAAUUCCCGAGUGCAGAACCAGGAGUAACCCCUGAGUGCCCCCAGGUGUGACCCAACAACAACAACAACAAAAAUAAACCAAAUGAAAAAGAGCUUGUGCCGAAGAGGGAAGGGGCUGGGGGUGGGGGCUGGGGGUGUCCGUCUCUUCAGGGGCUCCAUUCUGAGGCCAGGCUCCAGGCCACACACCUCUGUCCCCCUGUGCGGCAUCCUGGGCCUCAGGUGCAGCUGACCCAGGAAGGUCAAGGUUGGAGCAGUGGGGACUGGAAGACAGAGAGAGAGCCUGGGAAACUGUCUCUGCAUCUGCACCUCCCCGUUAAGCUCCCCCAGGUCACACGGUCUUCAUGCACCCCGCAGUCUUCCCCCCAGCACUCGGCUGUAGCUCUGCUGCCCCCGCUUGCUCCCGGACUGACUUGAGACCAGGUGCUCUGUGUGUCUCAAGCAGAGCCUCGCAAUGACCAGAACUUUUCUUUGUUUUGGUUUUUUUUUUUGGCUUUUUGGGUCACACCCAGCGAUGCACAGGGGUUACUCCUGGCUCUGCACUCAGGAAUUACCCCUGGUAGUGCUCAGGGGACCAUAUGGGAUGCUGGGAAUAGAACCCGGGUGGGCUGCAUGCAAGGUAGAUGCCCUCCCCGCUGUGCUAUCGCUCCAGUCCAACCAGAACUUUCUUGCUCCUCACUUGUUCUUUGUUUUCGUGGCCAUGGGCCUCUGCAAACGUUGUGAGGGAAAACUGCCCUGCCACUUACGGAGAAAGGGGCGUGAAGAGAGGUCGAGAAUGGAGCUGGGGGAACUGCUGGGUCUCCUCUGAUUCCUCCAUGCAGCCCCCUUUCGGGGGAGUCCACGGGUGUGGGAGGCUCCCAGGGGCCAAGGCAGAGAUGGGGAGUCCAAGUCCCUUCCCAGGACUCGGGCUUCUGCAGGAGGCCCAGCCGCUGCCUCUCCUUGGUGUGUCCCCAAGAGCAGACCUGCUGGCUUUGCCCCUUCCUUUUGCCGCUGCCAUUCUGCGAUCUGAGCCGCCCAGCUCUACCUGUGGGGACCCAGAAAGCCAAGCUCGGGGGCUGCUCCCCGUCAGUGGAGAUGUUUACAUAUCAUGCAAGGCCAGAGAAGUCAUCCAACCCGGCAGCCCCGUGGCGUUGAGGACAGAACUCAAGAGGGCAGAACUCUCUCUUCAAGCACAUGCCGAGACAGGAAGCAAGCACCAAAGAUCUGGAAGGGCUGAAGCACAGCCUUUGUUCUUGGAGUGCAACACAGUGAUGCUGGAACCCGCUCGUGAGGAGCAUGGGGUGGUGUGUCUUCUUUGCGUCAGGAUCCACCGAACCAGAAAUCCACCAGCAAACAUUUGUCUUGUGCUGCUUUGGACUCUGCUGGUAUAGGUCAUUCUGGGGAGAACUUUAGCCAGAGACAAAGAUACGGUCCUAGGCCACCUUGGAUGUGUGUGUGUGUGUGUGUGUGUGUAUUUUUAAAUCAGUGAACAAUGGAUAUGGAGUGAUCAGGCCUGACUGUCAGGGAUGUUGGGGUGCUGCUAUGCUGUGGUGAUGGAGGGGGUAGUGUUUGCACUCCUCAGAGCCUCUGGGUACCUUCUUGUCUGUGAUGACAGUUAAUCCUGACUGCACCCCCCACCCCUGCUUCAGUCAGCAGCGCUCUCAGCCUAGGCUCUGGGAAUGAGGUCUGUGUUACCCUAACCAAAGGAAGCUUGAUCAGCCGGGAGUUUGCUGCAGGCAGAGGGAAUGUGGACAGAUGUGGCAGCGAUGGCCGAGGGCCACAGGAGUGGUCCUAAAAGAGUCUAGAGUGGUUGUGAGUUUUCUCAUUUUGCACAAACGUGUCGGUGGAGACACCCCUUAGGGCCAUUUCCCACCGUCUAACACCAGAAACCUUAAAGAGUGGAUACCUAUUUUGGUAUCUAAGCUGAUAGAGUAGAGGGGUUGACAAAGGUUUGACAAAGAUUUUUGUUGCUUCACCAAACUUUGCUCCAUCUCCUUUCUCAUAUGCUCCUCUGUGCACUUUCUUGUAAACUUACAUUUUAUGAAGAACUUGCUAAUUUGGUUCAUCAGAUCUCCGCCAAUCUUCCCCUGCCCCCUCGCCCGCCUCGCCCCGCCCUCCAGCUUGACGUCUGCCCAGGUUCCUCGCCCCACCAUUGCCUGGGGGCCAUCUGAUAGAGCUGACCAACCUUCAGCCACGAAGUCUCUUGGAUCGGCUUUGCCAGCACCACCUCCUUUCUCCGUCCCUUGCCUCCCCAUGUUUCCGACCCUCCUUUUGCCUACUGCAGUAGUUCAUGAAUAAAAUGUUUAAUUUCAAUAUUUACAACUGCCA